AUGAGCACUCUCGGCCAGAAAAUCAAGGAGACAUUUACUGGUCAUCACGACCAAGGCAAACGCGAUGUCAAAACUCCUGACGUGAACGCGCCUGGUGCUUUUCCGUCCGACGAUUCGGCUACGAAGCAUCAUUCCGAUCAAAAUAAACUGACAAAGGAGCCACCGCAACACAUUGGUCAGGAGACGGAAGGAGGCGAGGAAAAAGGAGCACAACAUCACACUGGACACGCUCACCAUGACCCGGAGCCAGAAACAAAGCAGGCAACCAGUGACGCUGGGAAUUACCCAUACUGGGGAGACCUCCCUCGUGAAGGUGGCCAACACGUCCACAGAUCUGGCGAGCCGGAUAGUGAUACCACGAAAAAGGACCAUGUCUCGAGCAAUGAACCCACCCUUGCUACUGGUGCCCCGACAGCAGAUGCCAGUACGAUUGGGACGGGAUACCCCGGCUCCGAUAAGUUGAAAGAUAAUGAUACGAGCAAGGGAGACGAGACAACUCGAGCUGAUCCAACCGAAGACUCGAAUCUCCAGCACGCCAGCAAAGGCGCCGGAGUCGCUGGGCUCGCGGGCGCAACUUAUCUUGCCGCCACAGACAAGGAUGAUGCGCACAAGACCGAGCACAAACAGUACAAGCUCGAGGACGCGAAUACCCCAACAGAUGCGAACAAGAGCAAGACAGUUGAAGAGACAAAGACGUUGUCAAGCACGCAAAAGCCUGUAGAUGCGGCUACUCCUACCAAGACAACUUCAGCGGGCGACAACAACAGUCACAGAAAGGAAGAAGAAGCUCUUGCUGCUGGAGCUGGAGUUGCAGGUCUUGCCGGGGCGGGUUUCUACGCCUCGCAACAAGGAGAUAAGAAAGAACUUGAACAGGAGAAGCGUGAUAAUAGUUCUCAUACAGCGUGGCAAAGCCACAGCCAGACCUCUAGCCACACCCGCACUCCCCGUCUCGACCCGACUACUGAGGCGCAAAAGGCAACCAGUGCUGCGGGAAAUUACCCGUACUGGAAGGAUGGUGACAAUUGGGACAAGUCCACCAACGAUACCAAGCCUGCUGAGGCUGCAACUCCGUCUAAGACAACUUCGAGUGGCGACAACGACACUCAUCGGAGAGAAAAAGAAGCCCUUAAAUCCGGUGCUGGAGCUUCGGGUCUCGCUGGGGCAGGCUACAUGGCGAGUAGGGACCAAGGAGAUCACGGGGAGGACAAGCGACCAUCCUCAACGCCUGGUCAGGCCACAUCUCAGGACCAUGAGCAUCACCGGCACGCUUCUGGCCACCCCGACCGAGAAAAUUUUACCAAGCGAGCCACUAGCGGAGCUGAAAACCACACUCAAUGGGAUGAUCAAAAGAAGGAAAACAACAACAAAGGACUUGCCGCGGCCGGGCUUGGUGGCACAGCUCUAGCUGAAACAGGCUAUCUGGCCUCAAAAGGAACAGAUGAGAGCAAAGGCAAGUUGCUCGGAAGCACACGCGAGACAAGCUCGGGAGUAGCAGCCCCAGACAGCUUUGCGGAACAUGAUACCACGAGCCGCUAUGUUGAGCCUACAUCCGCCGGCGGCAUUCACAACACGGUAGUAGGCGCAGGAAGUUCGGAGCACUCGCAUCCAGCGGGCUCCUCCGACACCACGAGUGCUCGUCACCAGACAACCACAGCCAGCCAAGCAGGCCAACCUGCGGCGCAAGCCGCCGCCCUACAAGCUUGGAACAAGGGGCAGCCUGACUCUUCCAACCCUGAUGGAGAUAAUAGCCGUGACAGCAAGCACUCUCACCUCAAAUACGCCGCAGCUGGAACAGCAUUCAGCGCAGGGGCUGCCGGAAUCGCCGCUGAUUACGGUCAGGGCAAGGAUCACGAGGAGAGCCCCCGGAGUAACCAGGCCGAGAAGGUCGCAGAGCGGGCGCUGGGGUCGGAUGGCAAGCCACACGCACCUUCUGCGACAGAAGGUUCGGGCAGCACGGAUGAGAAGAGUGCAUCUUCCGCUGCAGCUUCAGGCGUUACUGGCUUUGCCGGGCAUUCUGGGUCCGCGGGAAAGGAUGCGAAGGUGUUUCACAAUUGCGAUAAGUGCGGCCACACUAAUGACAUCAGCCGCUACUUUGACAAAGAUGCUGUCUUCCGCUCACAGUAG